AGUGGACAAAAUGGCGAGUCGAAUGAAGACAUUGUACAAUCAGGUCAUAUUCGAGAGGCGAAUACUUCUCGGUUGCACAAUUCUCGUUGGACUAUCUGUCUGCAUAUGGUCGGUGGCUAUUGGGACCGAUCAUUGGUUCACGGUCGAAGCACCCGACGAAAGAGGUUUACCUUUAGGAGACGCGGGCAGAAUGGGUAGAAGAUUGAUCUACAAACACAUGGGUCUCUGGAGAGGCUGCACGGAAGGCUUAGCGCCGGAAUCCGUAAAUUCCACCAUAUCAAUUAUUUCAUAUCAAGAGUGCAAGAAUCAAGACAUGUUCCCGACAGACAUGCAGAUCAAAUUGGAUCCUGGAUUGAACAGAACCGUUCUCAAUUACUCGAGGACCCAAGUAUCAUUCGCCAUAAUCAGCUUGUUCGUGAUGAUAAUGGGCUUUUGCUUCUCGAUCUACACGUUCCGCAAUCCACGAUACAUGUUCAAGCGACUGGCUGGCGGGAUACAUUUCAUUAGCGGUGCCUGCAAUAUGGUAGUGAUACAAGUACUCCUAUCUUCGAUCGAGUACGAGAGCAAACACGUCGACGCGACCUUUCCAAAGGGCGCGGUCAUGAGGUACGAUUUCUCUUUGAUCCUGGCCUGGAUCGUGUUCCUCUGCAACUUGCUGGCAGGAUUCGCUUUCAUGUUGUUCUCGAGGAAGAGGAAGAGGGACAAGGCACCGACGGAGGAGAUCGCGAUGGCCGACGAGCCGACCAUCAUCGGUCGUUGA